UAUAAGAUCCCCCACGAUCUCGCGACCCCUCACUCACUUCAUCUCGCUCAACAUCUCAAUCUACUCUCACAAACCACAUCCAUCUUCUAUAACCACUCCUUCCACAUCACUCAACAUGGGUCUCUUCCACCACCACCACGAGCACGGUAACCAGCACGGCCCCGGCGGCCCUGGUGGUCCCCACGGCGGUCCUGGAGGUCCUGGUGGUCCUCACGGUGGCGGUCCCGGUGGCCCUGGUGGCCCUCACGGCGGCGGCCCUGGUGGCGGCUUCGGUGGUCACCAGGAAGGUCCUGGCGGUCACGGUGGCCCUCACGGCGGUGGUCCCCACGGCGGCGGUCCCGGUGGUCCUGGCGGUCCUCACGGCGGCGGUCCUGGUGGCCCUGGUGGCCCUCACGGAGGUCCUGGCCGUUGGUAGAGCCCUGUCGGAACGCAAGUCGAGGUAUGAUUACUCCUCCCAAUGAUGG